GCGGCAGCGGCGCUGAGCGGGCACGGCGCCUGCAGCAGGGCCCUGGCCCCGGGGGCGCCGCCUCCGCCCGCGGCUUCUGCACGGCUGGACUGCCACUCCUCCUGCUAUGAUGCCUGGGCAGAUCCCAGACCCUUCCGUGACUGCGGGCUCUCUGCCAGGGCUCGGCCCCCUGACCGGACUCCCCAGCUCGGCUCUGACUGCAGAGGAGCUGAAAUACGCCGACAUCCGCAACAUUGGGGCCAUGAUCGCCCCUUUGCACUUCCUGGAGGUGAAACUGGGCAAGAGGCCCCAGCCUGUGAAGAGUGAGCUAGACGAGGAAGAGGAGCGGAGGAAACGGCGUCGAGAGAAGAACAAAGUCGCGGCGGCCCGAUGCCGGAACAAGAAGAAGGAGCGGACGGAAUUUCUGCAGAGGGAAUCUGAGCGGCUGGAACUCAUGAACGCUGAGCUGAAGACCCAGAUCGAGGAGCUAAAGCAGGAGCGACAGCAGCUCAUCUUGAUGUUGAACCGGCAUCGUCCCACCUGUAUCGUUCGGACCGACAGCGUCAAGACACCCGAGUCAGAAGGCAACCCUCUGCUUGAGCAGCUUGAGAAGAAGUGACCGUGGGCUGGGAGGAGGAGGACAAAGGAAGAACGAGGUGUAGGAGAUGGCAAGAGGGAGGAAGAAGAGGAGGGCACCAGAGGGCUCUUCCGUGGUGUGCGAAAAACUUUACACCGGAGGCUCAGCACAGCCAGUAAUUGGCCAGGCUUUUUUUUGUGUGUGUGUGAAACUCAGAUCAGCCACACAAGGGGAAGAGCCGGCUGAUGAAACCCAGAAGGACCAAGCGCUGAGACCAAAGUAGACUCGAGGGUGGGGCUGUCCCGCUGGGGCCCAGCUCCAGGGAGACAGGACAGAGGCACCCGGGGCCGGAAAGCAGCCUCAGGCACUUCUCUGGGCUCUCUGCCAGGGUACCCACCCCAGGGACCUCCGAGCAGCCAGGAAAAGCCAUGAGUUGCAACCAAACGCGCGGCUGAGGAUCGAACUGAGUGACACUGCCAUCUGCCUGCCGACCCUGAUGCAAGGCUGGAGAGAGACGGUCGCGAUGCAGGGCCCAGCGGGGCCCUGCUGGAGAGUGGCAGCUGGGUGCACCCUGGCCGGCCCUGCUGGAGUUUGCCGUGGGCACGAGGCGCAGGCGCCCUUCCAAAGCACAUACUCACUGAAUGUUUACAGACUGGCUGUCCUGGCAGGGCUUUCAACUGCACAUGUUUUUUAUACUUUCUUUUUUUUUUUUUUUUUAAAUAUUUUUUACAAAAAAAAAAGAUUUUAU